CGCCGAAAGGAGCACAAUCAAGUCAAAAUUGAGCGCCACAGCGGAAGUGUAUCCUUGGCAGUGAUAAGAGUGAAGUAGUAUAUUUACUGACCGUUACAGAAUAGCAAUAGGCGGAAGCAAAAAAUUCGAAUAUGUGGGUGUUAACUAAUGCUUGAAAAAAAGUAGACACACGCACUCGGGCUAUAAGCGUUUACUGUGCGGACACUGCGAAGAUAGCACAGUUUUGUGAAGUGAUUUACCAUAUACUAUUUUAAGGAUUUGAAUUUUUAUUGAGGUAAAAUAACGAAAGCUGGCUGAAGCUGUGAUGGGAGCGCAAUAAUAAAACAGUUUGGAAGUUUUAAUAACAGUAAAAUGAACCGCAAACUCAUUAAAACCACACAAAUUAAAUAAAGGUGAAAAAAGAUAAAACAUUACAUUUUACAACAUAGCUAAAUGCAAAAGAAUUAAGUGUGUGAAUAUUUUGAUAAAAACUUUUAACUCAUUCGCCUAUUUCGCUUGUGAGUGAAUAAAAUAUCAGUGUUUUGGAUUUACUCAGCUUAAAAAUUUGAACUAUAUGAAAAGUCGCCUUUAAAUGAAAAAUUACUUCAGCUGCACUCUCUCCGCGAAUUCCGUAGUUAAAUAAAUGGAAAAUAUUUAAUUUUGAAGAAAUACAGACAUUUUGAGGGGCAAAGGGUGAGCGCUGAUUUAUACAAACGUCAAAGUGUGCACCGAUGUUAGUUUGCCAAAGGAAUUCCUUGGAACAAAAACUCUGUGCUGACUAGUAAAGGACAAAGUUAAUCAUGAUAAUAAAUAUAACGCACUUAGAACCGGCACUGGACGCAGGUGUUCCCUCUACUGCCUCAGGAAUGGAAUUGUUUAAUUCCAUCACAACUGCAAAUGGAGAGGGCACUCCUUUGGCAGACUACAUGGAAGUAGAUAUGAGCAAUUUAACCGCCCAGCCGAAUUCAAGUUUAUUCGUGACGCAGGGAAAGAAUCUCGUUGACCGGUUUUCAAGAAAUCGCGCCGUCAGCGAUCACUGGCAUUACGCACUCAUAAGCAUAUACUUGGGUAUGAUUAUAUUUGGUACUGUCGGCAACAUAUUCGUCGUGAUGGCGGUAGUGAGAAAACCCAUAAUGCGCACCGCGCGCAACUUAUUCAUACUGAAUUUGGCUAUUUCUGAUCUACUGUUAUGUGUAAUAACAAUGCCUAUAACGUUGUUGGAAAUCCUCUCAAAAUACUGGCCCUUCGGGAUGUUGGAAGUAAUAUGCAAAUUAGUUGCCAUGCUGCAGGCGGUGAGCAUUUUCGUCUCGACCAUUUCCAUAACAGCCAUUGCCUUUGACAGGUAUCAGCUAAUUGUAUAUCCGACACGGGAAAGCCUUCAGGUUGGUGGUGUCAUAGCCAUUCUUGCUGGCAUAUGGCUGUUCGCAGUGCUGUUGGCCAGCCCUCUCUUCAUCUACAAACGCCUGGAACAGGCAGAAAUACCGCCACUACUGGAAUCCUUAGGCAUCCAUGGUGUAUGCUUCUGCGUCGAAGAUUGGCCCGUGAGUCAUGGACGAUUCUAUUAUUCAAUAUUUUCGCUCUGCGUGCAAUACUUGGUGCCAAUACUGAUCGUAUCCGGUGCAUAUUUCGGCAUCUAUAAAAAACUACGAAGUCGCACAACGGUGGUGGCAAUGCAAACGCCACAACGCAACGCGGAACGUGGCCGUCGUAUGCAACGGACAAAUUGCUUAUUGAUAACGAUUGCACUGAUUUUCGGCAUAUCAUGGAUGCCCUUGAAUGUUUACAAUUUAUAUGCGGAUAUGCGGAGUCCAAUGGCGGUGACGGAACACAUGCUUGUCAUAUAUGCUUGUUGCCACAUGCUCGGCAUGAGUUCCGCUUGCACGAAUCCUCUGCUCUAUGGAUGGCUGAAUGACAAUUUCCGUAAAGAAUUUAGAGAAUUAAUAUGUGGUUCUAAAGAAAACACUAAUGUUGCUCUUAAUGGUCACACGACAGGCAGUGGACAGACACGUCGGAGACGAAAGCACGCCGAAAUAUCCAAAGGUGAUUUGAAGUUGUUGCCCAACAACAAUGGCGUUGGCUUACGAAGUGCCGCGACCGAGUCGAUAGCGCUGACAGAAAAUCCAAUUUCCAUUGAAGUGACAACUCUGACUGCGGAACAAUAUAUGCUGAAUUCGGUGGAUGUACUGUAAUAUAAUAUUGUAUCUGGUGUGCAUGUGAUGUUAUAAGGAAAGCAUUUCUGCUAAAUUCUGUACAUAUGUAUGUAAACCUGACAUGUACAUAACAUUAACGAAUGAAAGAAUACACUUUAGCAGAAAACUGUACAGCAAAACACAAAUAAAAAGGCAAAAUGUAAUUGUACAAUGAAACACAAAAAAAAAUUUGAGUGAUAUCUGCUAGGGCUCUGAUUUCUAUGCACUAAGAUUGUAAAUACAAAUAUAUAUGUAUAGACUAGUCAAUUAUAAGUAUUUAAAAAAAAAAUUAUAUGUUGACUAAAUUUUGUGUCAAAUUUAUUAUUGCAUGCACUCAUCAUAUACAUAUAUGUACACUUAUAGUACAUAAUUAUACAUUUAUGUAUUUAUUUUUAUAAUAUGAAAGAACAUUACUUAAAAAGAAAAUUUUAAAAUACAAUAAAGAGUUGAUAAGAAAAUAUUAUUUAUAGUAUAUUCCUAUUAAAAUUAAAGAAGAUGCGGUUCGACCUUCAAAUGCGUUACCUAACUCCGCAUAACGGGUUGGAAACUAUGCCAACUCGGAAAGUUCGGUAAGGCUUUAAAAAUGGCGUCAACAUUAGCAUUCGAUUUUGGUUAACUUCCAAUAUAUAGACAGGCAUGUCGGAGCUAAGACUUUAGAACACGAACCGCCACAUUAUUUUUACACACCCGCAAAAUGUUGCCACGGAAUAUAACAAUUUCUUUACCUAACCAUUGUUUAUAACCACUUAUAAAACAAAUCGAGAUAGAUAUAGUUGUAUAUGAUAAGGAUAACAAGACUAGUUGAAAUCCUAGUGACUGUUUGUCCGUCUUCCUAUUGAGGAGAUAACUUAAGUAAAAAUUUAAAUAUCUUAAUCAAACUUGCGUCAAAAUGGGCACUAGAAUGUGUUCUUUCUUUGUCGUUAACAGAAAUCUUCAAAAUGUCAUAAUUUAGAUACUACACUGUAAUUUGGUAUAAUGAAUCGCUGUAGGAGGGGCUGGGUAUGUGGCUUGUUAAAAAGUGGACGCGACUUCGUCCUGUAAUAGGUUUAAAAUAUUAUAUAUAUCUCUUAAACCAUUAAAGCUUAAUCCACCAAGUCUGCUGAGGACAAGUUUGGCUAGCCCAUCCUCGUACUGCGUGAAAACAAUAACCACGUCCAUUCCUCAUAUCACUAUAAAAUAUAUAAAUACCAGUGAAGAUAUUGAGAGAGAAAUUUGCACAAACAAAAAUUUGCAUUUUUAGUCCAAAAAUUUUCAAAAUUAUAUCAUGUUUUCAAGCCUUAUGCUAUCUUAGUUAUCUUAUUAAGUUUGAUCUUGUGUAUACCAUAGUUUAAUGCAUAAAAUGUGUAUAGUCGGUCCAUAAUGUUCUUUCCUCCAAACGGCACGCCUAGAACUAACCGAGAUAGAUAUAUAGUCAGAUAUAUUUAUGUAUGUAUAUGAAUAUGAGACGAAAAUGGGCGAAAUUAGAUUAUUAAUUUCCAUGUAAUACUUUUAUUUUACAGUCAAGUACAAAAGAAGUUAUCGGAAUAACACUUUGUAAAAAGAGUGUAUUAGUAGCAAAGCAUUUAACAACUAAGAACUGUCGAAAUCGGACCAUAACUUUACAAGCCCCCAGAUAUCAUUUACAAUAUGCGUUUCAAAGUAAACAGGACUUUUUGAAUCUAGCGUCCCUGGUGGCGCCAUCUAUAUGUCGACUAGUGCGUUAGAAUCUGCUAUAUUUAUCGAUUGUUCAGUGACAAUGACAUUUCAUCGAUUGGAAGUGAAGUUAUUGCGUUUUAAGUGUCAGUAUGUUUGUGUAUCGGUGCGAAAAUGAGUUUCGAACAAAGAGCCAACAUUAAAUUUUGUUUUAAAAUUGGUAAAACUUUUUCCGAAACGUUUCAAUUGAUGAAACAAGUUGCCUAUCCCGUAGCAGAGUGCACGACUGGUUUCAACGUUUACUAAGUGGUCGUGAGGACAUAAAUGACGAUCAACAUGUGGGCCAAUCAAAAUUCGUGAUCACCGGAAAUUCCAUCGAAACUGUGCGUGAAUUCAUCAAAAGUCAUCCGAAAUCUUCAUUGAAAUUCAUGGAAAUGGAAUUCGAUUCAUCGAUUUAUUGCAUUUUGACCGAACAUUUGGGCUUACGAAAGGUGUGUGCACGGUUUGUUUCGCACAAAUUGACUGACGACCAAAAAUUGCUCAGAA